CCAAGCCCAAUUAGAAUCCAUCCCUAAAAUUCUUGGUAUAAAACAAAAAGAAAACAAAAAAACCUAUUUUUCAUUCUCAAAAAUCUCUGUGAGUACUCACUCCGCCGCUAACGUUUUCUUCUUCUUCUUCUUCUCCUUCUCCGUUGAAAUCAAAAUAAUGGACUGUCAAAUCAAGCACGCUAUUGUGGUGAAAGUCAUGGGCCGCACAGGAUCAAGAGGACAGGUGACUCAGGUGAGAGUCAAGUUCAUGGAUGACCAGAACCGGUUUAUCAUGAGAAACGUCAAGGGACCAAUCAGAGAGGGUGAUAUUCUCACACUGUUGGAGUCAGAGAGGGAAGCCAGGAGGUUGCGCUGAGGAAUUAAUUGUCGAGAUGGUUUUGAUCACCUUAGGGUUUGUAAACGACUAUUGUUUAGUAUUUUCCCAUGUCAAAUGUUUGGUUUUGUUUUCUAGACUAUCGGCAAGUGUUGUUCUGGCAUAUCUCUCGAGUUGUUUGGUUGUGCUUUUAAGUUUUAACCAUGAAGAUUGAGUUAUUUUCUGUCUAUUGAAAGUUGGAAAAUGUUGUGAACUUGUGAUGAGAUCUUGCUUUCUCCCUAUUGAAUACUGAUUCUCUUGUGUGGCUA